GGGAUGUGCCAUUGCUGACGGGGCCCGGGGGUGGGUGGGUUGGAGGGAGGGCAGAGGGUCUUGAGGGAAGGAAAAGGGGGUGGAUGCUGGCGGCGCGGCGGGCACUGUGGCCGGUCUGCCGCUGCGAGCGUAAGAAGAUGAAGCUGCUGGCGGCCGCGGCCUUGCUGGGGCUGGGCGGGUCCCUCCUGCUGCUCUUUUUCCCGGCCGCGCACGCCGAGGAGCGCAAAAAGGGCCCCAAGGUCACGGACAAGGUAUAUUUUGAUCUGCGGAUCGGGGAUGAAGAUAUGGGGCGGGUCGUCAUUGGCCUCUUUGGAAAGACCGUUCCCAAGACUGUCAAGAAUUUUGUUGACCUGGCGACGGGGGAGAAAGGGUUUGGAUACAAGGACAGCAAGUUUCACCGUGUGAUCAAGGACUUCAUGAUCCAGGGAGGAGACUUUACCCGUGGAGAUGGGACGGGAGGUAAAAGCAUCUACGGGGACCGUUUCCCUGACGAGAACUUCAAGCUCAAGCACUACGGGCCAGGCUGGGUGAGCAUGGCCAAUGCCGGCAAGGACACAAACGGUUCCCAGUUCUUCAUCACCACCGUCAAAACCUCAUGGCUGGACGGGAAGCACGUCGUCUUUGGCAAAGUCCUGGAAGGGAUGGACGUCGUGAGAAAAGUGGAGAACACCAAAACAGACAGCAGGGACAAGCCCCUGAAAGACGUCACCAUUGUCGACUCCGGGACCAUUGAGGUGGAGAAGCCAUUCGCCAUCGCCAAAGAGUGACUCAGGCCUGUUGGAGGACCAGAGUCUAGCUACCAAGGGCUCAGGGGCCUGCGUUCGCCCGGAGGCCUCUUAUCGUCAACCUCCAGCGGGUGAGCUGCUGCCAUUCCCAGCCCUGGCCCUGCUCUACUGGCUGGGGGGGCUCCAUUCCCGUCACAGCGACUCAUUCCAUCCGCUACUUUGGAGAUCAAGGCCCUGAUAAGCUUUG